AACAAAAGGGCCCUUAUAUUAUAGGCAGACACAAGUAGUGGUCACAGCCAAGAACAGUAGAUCGCACCUGAAAAGUACAAAGCUUAUAUUCCACGUGUCGACUUUUAUCAUAUCCCCAUAAACUAAAAACAUACUUUGCCACCAUUAACCUCUUUCCAUUUGUUUAUUUGAGGAGCAACAAGAGCCUUCUCCUUCUUCAGCUAAAAGAACAUGCCUUUUUAAGAGGAAUCCCGUCCACUCCUAAACUUUCUUGUAUUACAUGUUUCAAGUUACUAUUUGGGUGCAGUGCAGAGUCUUGAAAAAACAAGAAUGUCAACUUGGGAUGAUGGUUCCAUGAGAAGCCUAAGUGAGAUAUCUGAGGAAGAAACUGUGCGUUUGAGUGUUGAUCUUGUUGCCGCUUCCAGGCGAAAUCUUGGGUUCUUGAGACUUGUAUCUGAGUCUCAUUGGCUUCACGAGAAACCCACCAUUCUUGAAUCUAUUAGAAGGUAUGAUCAGUUAUGGAUGCCAUUAAUUUCUGAUCUUUCUAAUGGGUCAACCCCUCCAAUGAUUCUCCCUCCUCUUGAUAUUGAAUGGGUUUGGUACUGUCACACCUUAAAUCCGGUAAGUUACAGGCAAUAUUGUGAAUCAAGGUUCUGUAAACUCGUUGGAAAAGCAACUAUAUUUAAUGAAGAAAAUGAAGAGUACGCAUUAAAUAGAUGCAAAGAAAUUUGGGUUCAAAGAUACCCAACUGAGCCUUUUGAAAAUGAAUCUGACUCCAAUUUACAGAAACCUUGCUCCAUUCUUCGUGAAGAUCUGCUAAAUGAAGUAUCCAAACAAAGACAUUUAUACACCAAAUUUUCUGAGCCUUAUUAUUCAGAGAUUGUUUAUCUGAUAGCAGCUCGACAACGGUAUAAAGGCUUUCUGUAUAUGAUGCAUAGAUUUGCAGAUACUAGCUCUAUUUUAGUCCCUACUUCAGAUAUUCUUCUAAUGUGGCUAACUCAUCAAAGUUAUCCUACUGCGUACGCAUUGGACACAAAGGGGUUGGAGGAGGAAAUGAAAAAAGUAGUAGGACCAUGGGAGGUUGUGAAGGAAGAAGGAAUUGAGGAUACAAAGAAACUAUGGGAAAGAAUAUAUGAUCAGCCAUAUGAGAAAGCUGGUGGUUUGGCCAUUGGAAAGGCUGUUGAGAUCAAGCCGCCUAUUCACUGGGAGGUCUCAGAUACUGAUGUUAAUGCAAAAUACUCAUCCAUGUUACCACGGUUCUUGCUUGAGGUUUGCUUAACAGUGAAGCUAAAAUCAAAGAUGAAACCUUUGAGCUUCGAUGCAUCAAAGGAGUUCUUACGUCUUCAGAUGGUCAGAUGUCACAGGGAGCUCAAAAUUGAUAAACCACUCUGCAACUUUACGUCUCAAAGGUGGCGAAAAGCUUUGCAUCUCUAUUGUGAGUUUGGAACGAAAGGAAUGGUUCUUGAGGUUCGCCAACGUGGUGGUCGCUGCAUUAAAGGAAGUAGCCUGAGAGAGAGCGUAACCUUUCUUUGGAAUGAUUUGUUACGUGCGCCUUCUCUCACUUUGGCAAAAGAAAUUGACCACACAGUCAGGGUAGCUACCUCAAUAACUCCUCCUGCCCAAGCUUCCUACUUGUUGAAAUGUGUACCCGAUCGCGUUUCAGAUGAUUCAGGUGCCAUGAUAUCUGAUGUUAUUCUGAAGAUGAAUCAGUAUCGUCCCCAAGAAGGUCGAUGGUUAUCUCGCACUGUUCUGGAUCAUGCAGGCAGGGAAUGCUUUGUGAUUCGAUUUAGAGUUGGAGGUGGCUUUUGGAGGAGAGGAGCUGAAACUCCGUCAGCUGUAAAAUGGGAGGACCGCAUUAUAGAAAUACGUGAAGGUCAUUGGUCCUACGUUGCUGGUUCCAUAGGUAGAGCACCUGAGAAAGUGGUAGGUACUGCAAAACCAAAAGAUCCACCAGAAGGAUGGCAUUCUAUGUGGAACCUUUCAACUGGAGAUGAGCUACUAGUACGCUCGGAAUCAUCAACAUCCAGUUCAGGCUUAAAUUUUAGCCUCAUAAACCAGCAAUCAAAUGAUUCAGUGUCCCUGCAGGUAAAGUUACUGGAAGGGCGGCAAAUGCAGUAUGAUGUGAAGAAAUCUGGCUUGGUUGAAGAGACAGAACAUCUGCCAAAUGACAAGUUAAAGCAAAUUGAAGACAAAGAAGACGACGGAUUCAUAACGUUAGUUAGGUUCUCGGAGGAUGACCCCGUUGGAAAAGCUACAGCACUUCUUAACUGGAAAUUAUUGGUGGUGGAGUUUUUACCUGAAGAAGAUGCUGUAUUCGUACUUCUUCUUUGCAUGUCAAUCGUCAGAAGCAUAUCGGAAAUGAAGAAGCAAGAUGUAGGAAGCCUGUUGAUUAGAAGAAGAAUAAAAGAAGCAAACCUUGGUGAUAGAGAUUGGGGCUCAGUGAUUCUCCACACUUCUUCAUAUUCUCCGUCGAUCUGUUCACCUUACCUUCAGCCUUGGUAUUGGACCGCAAAAGCAGUGAUGGGAUCACAAGAUAAUAUCCCAAGGCUACCAGCUCCAGCAUUGACUUAUACGCAGGCUGAAGGUGGAGACAGGUUGUAUAAACAUGGCAUAAUCGAUUAGAACGAAUUGCCAUUUCCUGAUAACAUGGUGCUGAAGAAGAUUUUCAAGCACAGGUUCUGAAACAACUAUUUUUAUAUAUUCCAUCUAAUGUCAUUUUGUCACCUUUCAUAAGGUAUAAACAAAUUUCACCUGUUCCCCAACUGAGUUACUAAUUUAAUGGA